AUGGAGCUGAGGAAUUUUAUAAAAUCAGUCUUCUUCUUCUUCUUGCGUAGAAAGAAGGUGCAUAAAUUGCCCGAUGAUAUACAAGAAAGGAGUUUUUGCCGAUUGCCCGAUGAGAUUCUGGAAAAAAUCUUUUGUCGAUUGCCUGUUCAGUCUCUGCUCGGAUUAAGGUGUAUAUCUAAAUCUUGUCUCACCCUAAUCAGUAGCCCCUAUUUCGUGAAAUUGCAUCUGAAGCAAUCGGUUCAAUCCAAGAUCAACCUUAAUCUGUAUAUGAGUUACAUUAAUAGUGCCUCGAACUUCUAUCGUGUGGAUUUUGAUUCCCUAGAGAAGGAUGACGGAUAUCUUCAACCGGUAGAGGUAAAUUACAAUCCCUUGAGUCAUUUGAAUUAUAGGACCAAUAUUUGGGGAUCUUGUGAUGGACUGACUGACCUGCCUUACGCACUCGACUCGGACUUAACACAAUCCAACAUUCACGAAUAUGUUUCGGAUGGUUUUGGUUAUGAUAACAACGGUUACAAUCCGUUAAGGCGUCAUGAUAAUAGAACCGGUUUGGGGCGCUACAAUGAUGGAUUGGUCUUCAUGACAUAUACGCUGGACAUCGUCGUUUUAUGGAAUCCGUCGUCUAGGAAGUCUAUAAAACUGCCUCCCACCUCGGUUGAAAUCCCAAAUCAUUCUUACCGUCACAAAUAUUCCACUUAUGGAAUUGGGUAUGAUAAAUUUAGUGACGAUUACAAAGUGGUGAGAGUUGUGGUUGUUCUAGGUGAAGCCAUCUAUUACGAGGUUAAAGUUUAUAAUUUGAGAACAAAUAUUUGGCAUAAGGCAAACAAACAUUCUGAUCACCAUCCAGAUUUGGAGACAUCGAUAAAUGCAAUAGCUGGUGGAGCGAUGCACUGGAUGUCGGUUGGGAUGGAUGAUAAACUUUCAAUUCUUGCCUUUCAUCUUGGGACUGAGACAUACAGGGUAAUUCAACACCCUCAUGUUUGUCUAGCUUAG